CUCCUGCUCUGUCUCUGCUGCAGCUUUGGGGAAGUGUUACACAGCGACGCCACCGCCGAAACACUGCAGUCACCUGCUCUCCUCUCAGCUGGCCUGCCAUGUUUAUUUCAUGGUGGUAUUUGUACCUGGGAGCUCAAAGAAUCUACAGGGAAGUGCAAAAUAUGGCAUCGGUGCUACAGAAGCUCAUCACCCCCCUUGUCAGUGGAGCAGUUGAACCUCCCAGGAAUAAGGUGACGGUGGUUGGAGUGGGUCAGGUGGGCAUGGCAUGUGCUGUCAGCAUCCUGCUGCAGGAACUGGCUGAUGAGCUGGCUCUGGUGGAUGUGAUGGAAGACAAGCUAAAAGGAGAGAUGUUGGACCUGCAGCAUGGAAGUCUCUUUUUCAAAACUCCUAAAAUUGUCUCAGGAAAAGAUUACUCAGUGACAGCAAACUCACGCAUUGUGGUGGUGACAGCAGGUGUACGCCAGCAGGAGGGUGAAAGCAGGCUUAACCUUGUCCAGAGGAACAUCAAUGUCUUCAAGCACAUAAUCCCACAAAUAAUCAAAUACAGCCCCAAUUGUAUCCUUAUUGUUGUGUCUAACCCAGUGGAUGUUUUGACCUACGUAACCUGGAAGCUGAGUGGCCUACCUAAACACCGUGUCAUUGGCAGCGGCACAAAUUUGGAUUCAGCACGUUUUCGGUACCUGAUGGCGGAACGAAUGGGACUUCAUCCUAGCAGCUUUAACGGCUGGAUUCUGGGAGAACAUGGUGACUCUAGUGUUCCUGUUUGGAGUGGUGCAAAUGUAGCAGGUGUGAAUCUCCAGAAACUGAACCCAGACAUUGGCAAAGACAGUGACAAGGAGAGCUGGAAAGAAACUCAUAAGUUAGUAGUUGAUAGUGCCUAUGAGGUGAUCAGACUGAAAGGCUACACGAACUGGGCUAUUGGACUGAGUGUAGCAGAUCUGAUAGAGAGCCUCAUUAAAAACCUGAACAGAGUUCAUCCCAUUUCUACUAUGGUCAAGGGGAUGUAUGGCAUCAGUGAUCAGGUGUUCUUGAGCCUGCCGUGUGUGUUGAACAGCACAGGAGUGAGCAGUGUGAUCAACAUGAACCUGAAUCAGGACGAGGUGUCUCAGCUGAAGAAAAGUGCAGACACACUGUGGAACAUUCAGAAAGACCUGAAAGAUCUGUAGGGGUUUAAGCAAGCAAGUUCAAUUGUUCACAAGCUUUUCAAGCAAACAUCUUGACUAAUACAGGAGCUUUAGUAGGUUUGUCAUUGAUCUCCUGCUUAUAACACUAAUAUGAGCAGAUGUUGGACUAGACGCAACUCUCAUCUAUGUGCAAUCAGUGUGUAAAUUUUAUGCACACUAAACUGAUUCAUUUGUUCUUGAUUGUGUGAAAAUAAAGAAUCAAACAGUA